GACGUAUUGCACAAUGCGUGAGCAGCAAACGAUAGGUACACAUCAAGAGAGCAAGAGAAACUUCUUGGUCUUCAGAAAACAAAAUACAUAAUAAUACAUCACUACUAUUUCACAAGCGCUUUUUUUGCGGCUCUUUUUAGUAUUUUGAUCAGUUUCGUUCCAACUUUAAACUUGCUGACAAUUUGGAACAAUGUUGUCACGGUGGUCACGCAAAGUUGUUGAUAGAUACUUGGCGUUCCAAGUACUACGCAGCACAGCUGGACAGAUACGGGAUUACAGCACCGAUAAAAAAUUUAGCAUCAAAGACGAAGUACUAGAUGGCCGGCCACUCUACCUGGAUGCUCAAGCGACCACUUCGCUGGACCCAAGAGUUCUCGAUGCAAUGAUGCCAUACAUGACCGCUUACUAUGGCAAUCCACACUCGAGAACGCACGCGUACGGCUGGGAAUCGGAGGAGGCGGUCGAGAAGGCUCGCUCGCAAGUAGCCUCCCUUAUUGGUGCAGAUCCGAAAGAGGUCGUCUUUACAUCCGGUGCAACAGAAUCGAACAACAUCUCGGUAAAGGGUAUUGCGCGGUUUUAUGGCGUGAAGAAAAAGCAUAUCAUCACUACACAGACGGAGCACAAGUGUGUGUUGGAUUCGUGCCGUGCACUCGAGGGCGAAGGAUUUCAUGUGACGUAUUUACCCGUGCAGUCGAACGGGCUGAUCAGUAUGGAAGAGCUGGAGAAAGCCAUCACACCGGAAACAUCACUCGUAUCCAUAAUGACGGUCAACAACGAAAUCGGUGUGAAGCAACCGGUCGCGGAGAUCGGACGGCUGUGCAAAUCGAAGAAGGUAUUCUUCCACACGGAUGCCGCACAAGCCAUCGGUAAGAUACCGGUCGAUGUGAACAAAAUGAACAUCGAUCUCAUGUCCAUCUCCGGGCACAAAAUCUACGGACCCAAGGGAAUCGGUGCACUGUACGUGCGUCGCAAGCCACGCGUUCGGGUCGAAGCGAUUCAGAGUGGUGGCGGGCAAGAAAGAGGCCUUCGAAGUGGAACCGUACCGACACCAUUGGUUGUUGGUUUGGGAGCCGCCUGUGACAUAGCAAGUCGCGAGAUGGAGUACGAUCACCGAUGGAUGGAGUUUCUUUCGAAACGAUUGAUGGACAAAAUAUUUGCCGAAUUGCCGCAGGUCAUCAGAAACGGAGAUCCGGUGCAUACGUAUCCGGGCUGUAUCAAUCUUUCCUUUGCCUACGUCGAGGGUGAAUCGUUGCUGAUGGCUCUCAAGGAUGUGGCGCUUUCCAGCGGUUCAGCUUGUACGUCCGCCUCGCUGGAACCAUCCUACGUGUUGCGCGCAAUCGGUACAGAUGAAGAUUUAGCACACAGCUCCAUUCGCUUCGGUAUUGGACGCUUCACGACGAUUGAGGAGGUGGAUUAUACCGCGGAGAAGUGCAUCAAGCACGUUACAAGAUUGCGCGAAAUGUCUCCGCUGUGGGAAAUGGUACAGGAAGGUGUGGACAUUAAGAGUAUCAAGUGGUCGCAGCAUUAAAUCAAGCGAUCAGGAUCGCUUGUGCAAUAACGAUUUGGCAUCAGUAGGAAACGAUAGCUUCGUUUUCUUGCAAAUUGUUUCUAGCGCGAGGCGCAUGCUAAAUUAAAGCUUGUAAAGAAAUUAAAUACAUUGUUUAUUUUACCUUA